CACAGUGGCUCCAAGCACCAUCCUUCCAUCUUUCCCCAGAAAACCCUCUUGUCUAACCCAGCCAAAACAGAGGAACCCUUAUAGCCGAAUCAUGUCUUCCUCUGCAGUGCUCGCAGAACAGGGCCUGAAAGCUUUGAAUUCCCAGGAUUACUCUCAGGCAAUUGAUCUAUUUACUCAAGCUCUGCAACAAACACCCGAGUCCCCGGAUUAUUACAUCAAACGCUCCACAGCCUAUCAGCGCUCCUCCGAUUACAUCAACGCUCUUAAGGAUGCGGAAAUAGCCGUGGUUCUGGGCUACAAGCGUGGUAAGAGAGAGCUCAUCAGCGGUGCUCAACUUCGUAGAGGAGUUUCCUUAUUUAUGGAGAAGAGGUUCGGUGACGCCGCGUUCUGCAUUGCAGAAGCGGAGAAGAAGGUUGCUGGGGAGAAAGAAAGGAAUCUUAUCGGUAUCUGGAAAAACAAGAUUGAGAUACAGCUUUCCAAGCUCGAUGAUGAUGACCCUGCGCGGGAGGUCACUGUCUCCCAGGUGCCUGACGCCGAGGUGCCAAUACCGGAAAAACGAAAGGAACCUACACCCGCGAGCCGCUCCUGGGACGAUAAGGUUGCAUCUGCCAGUGCACCCCUGCCGCCUGCACUAGGAGUUAGUACUCCUGCAAGCAGGAUUCGCCACGAAUGGUAUCAGACAGCCUCCCAGGUAGUCCUCACCAUCUACGUCAAAGGAGUGCCUAAAGAUAAGACCACGGUAGAGAUUAAUAGCGAAUCUGUCUCGGUCGCUUUCCCGUUGGUCACUGGAAGCGAAUGGACGUUCGACGUCAGCCCUCUCUUUGACAAGAUAGAUCCUAUGACAUCUGGUUUUUCGAUCCUUUCAACAAAAAUUGAGAUUAAGCUUGCAAAAGCCCAUCAGGGCCGUAAAUGGAGUGGUCUCGAGGCACCAGAGUCUGCAAGUGCACUAGGAGCUGGCGAGGCCUCCGUGGGGAUGGCAGGUGAACCAAAGGCAGCCUUGCCUAUGUACCCAACGUCUUCAAAAAAGGGUCCCAAGGAUUGGGAUAAAGUUGCUAACGAUCUCACUUCUCGUGCAGAAUACGAUAGUGACUACGAGGGAGGAGAUCCAGUCAACCAUUUCUUCAAGAAGCUAUACAAAGACGCCGACGAGGAUACCAGACGUGCGAUGAUGAAGAGCUAUGUUGAAAGUAAUGGUACAGCUCUGAGCACGAACUGGCAUGAGGUCGGAAAAGCUAGGGUCGAAACAAGCCCUCCAGGUAGGUGGUGCUUUUUCUUAGCAUAGAGGAUUGUGUACUGAUUUUAAACUAGAUGGAAUGGUCGCCAAAAACUGGGAUAAGUGAAAAGGAAGCGUGCUAUGGUCGAGACGAUGGCUGGACGGCACUGUAGAUGGGGACGGAUUCGUAGUUUUCAGAGGUUGCUUUUCAAUAUCUAAAUUCCAGUGGCUUUAAACUAC